AUCGCCUCCUUCUCUGCAGACCCGACUUGCAAGCAGGCAAGAUGCCAGGAGCGCCCGAUCUCCAGGGCUGCUCGAGGGGGCGCACCCAGCCCUUAAAGGGCCCCGGGCCCGGCCCCGCGAGACAAGAGACAAGAGGCAUGGCUGGUUGACUGUGCCCAAAAUCUGGAGACGCCUUCACCGUCUUGGUGUGUCUCUCGCGCCCGCCACCACGAGCCAUUUGCGUCUGCUCCUGGCUGUCGACUCAUCGCAGCCGGACUCUCGUGCAAGACACGCGCACGCCUUCUUGGCACAGACUCUCUGGGCCCCUGGGCCUCUGACUGAGCCUCCUUCAAAACAAGACUGCGUCUCCCCGGAAGGCUGGCCUUCUCAAACCUCUGCGCCUCUUCUCGUCUCUGCCUGGCAUUCUUGGGCAGCACUGUACCCGGACACAAAGAACCAUGAACUUCACAGAGGGCUGCACGGUGGCUCCGGCCAGCGUGCCCAGCGAUGCCGGCGUCGCAGGCGUUGGUGUUCUGCUCUCCUUCAUGAUCACGGCCGUCAUCGCCCUCGGCCUGAGCGUGUCGCUCGUCUUUGACGAGAUCCGCAACAGCGGCAAGCCCUCCGUCCUGCGCCGCCGCCUGCUCAACUCGUACUCGGACCAGCAGCUCCUCACGGGCAUCGGCAUCCAGGGCGUCGGCCUCGCCAAGAUGUCCACCAUGGUGCCCUACCACUUCUUCAUCAUCUGGAUGCUCUCGCUGCUCUCCAUCGGCGUCCACAACGCCACCCUCAUCGCCCUCGUCCACGACUACCGCCGCGACGCGGUUCUGCGCUGGGUCCGCCAGGCCCUCAUGGCCAUCAACCUCCUCCUGUCCUGCGCGUACGGCAUCUUCAUCCUCGAGGCCGUCCAGGACGGCAUCAACAACUCCACCCUGCCCAUCAUGUGCGUCUGGUCUCCCGACCCCCUCCCGGACAACGCCGUCGAGCCCCCCUCCAAGGGCAUCUCGCUGAGCUUCAUCGGCACCAUUGUCGCCAUCGCCGGCAACGUCUUUGUCUUUGGCUUCGCCACGUACUACCUCCAGAGCCGCACCCAGCGCUACUACCGGCUCAUCCAGAUCAUCGGCCUCGUCACCAUGGCGGGCAUCGCCAUCGGCGCGACCAUCCGCGUCGUGCUCAUGGCCCAGGCCUUCCAGACCGCUCCCCCCGUCUCGCUGAGCGACCAGGGCGAGCGCGCCUGGAGCUUCGGCCAGCUCCUCUCCGUCGGCAUGCUGCUGCUCCCCGUGGUCAGCAUCAUCGAGAUCCUGCGCGGGGAGAUCCAGUGCGCCCCGCCCGUGCCGGACGAGGAGGUCAAGCUGUUGGACCCGGAGGACGGGGCGGCGCCGCCGGCAGGAGCAGAAGGUGGUGAAGAGCUACAGGAGACGAAAUAGUUUGAUAGACGGCCGAGAUCGGGCUGCUACCUAGUGGGCCGGGUGCCUAAUGGCAACUCAGGGUUCGAUGGAGCCAUGUUCUCCUUACGAUUAUAACACAAAUUAAAUACUGUUUUUGGACUUAUCUGAUGGAGCGCUUUUGUGGUCUUGUUCGUUAGUUUCGCCUUACUUGCUAACAAAGGUUCCAGAUAUAUAUUGCCUGGUAAAACCGUAGCGGCUGUUCGCGGACCGAUGACGUAAUAUAUGAGAUGAUUCCUAGACUUUGCUGAGUUUCUUGAUAGCAUAAACGAGCUCUGGGGUGAAAGAUAACCUUAAAAAGGGCAUGGAACUUCACAAAUCUCUCACGCGUACCAUAA